CCGACCGCCGUUUCCCUUUCGUGACCCGAUCUCACUCGCCUCCUUCCUCCUACCCCGGCGGCAGGUAGGAUAUAUAUGUAGUAGGCGAGACCAGUCCUCCCAGAAACUAGCGAGGAAGCAGCCGAGAGAAAGAGUCCGGUGAGCUCUGCUUGGUGGCCAUGGCGCGCGGCGAGUGAACCCGAGCCGGCGCCGCGGGGGCUGCCGCCAGCCGAUUUACUCUGAACUCAAUCACUCUGCUCCACGGAACAAACAAUCGGCAAGGUGACCUUGUCUCCCAUGGAGGUGCAGAUGGCCGCUCAAGUCGCCAAGCCAAUGCCAAUGGGGCGCAGCACGCCGCCUCGUCAUCACGGCGGCGCCGGAGGCGGCGCGAAGCCCGUCCCCGGCUACCUCAGGCCGGCGGCGGGCUCCUGCCACCACGUCUGCAAGUACGGCGGCGCGCACGCGUUCGAGGACAAGGAGGCGACCAAGAAGCCCCACCGGAAGAAGCAGCCGCCGGCGGCUGCCCUGGAGAGCCAGAGCAGGGUGAUGGUCAAGGUGCGGUCGGUGUUCCGGCGGCGCGUCGGGGACUCCAGCAGGGCUGCUGUUGAGAAGGCGACCGCCGUCGCUGCCGGCAAGGCCAAGGACGGAGCCGGCGACAGCGUGGAGUGGAAGGACAUCGUGGCCUACGACACCACGGUUCCAGUUCCACCCCAUGGAUCGUCUCCACAGCCUGGUGACAAGGUCUCGGACCCUGUCGCCGGCUCCGGCGAUGCCGGGAAGAAGAAGGAUGCGACGGCGAAGGGGAAGAAGUCGCACGGCAAGGCCAGCAAGAUCACCGGACAAGUGGAUGCUGCACGACAAACCACUCAAGACGAAACGCUGGACAAGAAGAGCACAAAGCCUCCGAAAGGGAAGAACAAGAAACCCAUGGCGGCGCUGCUUGUCGAUGACAAGAAGGGGAUCGAUCAAGAGCUGCUCCACGGGUACCAAACCCUCUCCCCUUCUCUGAUGCAAAGCCGGGCAAGCCUCCUGCGCGACCUUGAGCAAGAGAUGGUUCAUGGCGAAGCUGCCAAUGCUGGGCGAGCUCCACGGGCACCAUGCUCUCUUGAUGAGGAGGAGUUAGCCGCCGCCGCCGCCGCGGCAGCCGAAACGAGCAGGCCGAUCCCGGCGCACCGGAGGGUGAAGAGCAUGGGCAUCAGCAGCAGCAGCCGGUCGGCGCGGCACCCGUUCGACCGGCAGGCGAGCAAGACCUCGUCGUCGGGCACCUUCAAGCUGCGCUCCAGCAGGAGCACCAGGACGCCGGUCAUGUCGGCGGAGGAGGAGAAGCCAGCGGGGCCGAGGUCCCGGAGGGGCGAGGACGCUUCGUCGGGGAGCGCCGGCAGAGGCAUCCAGCUCAGGAUCAGGAGCCUCCGGCGGCGGGGCGUCGGUGGGUCUGGCGGCGCCGGCGCCGGCUUCGUGGUGCCGGCGGUGGCGCUGAGGCACCAGAAGACGCUGGAGAAGAAGAGGAGCCAGAGGCUGUACAACAACCUGAUCGAGGAGACGGCGAGCAAGCUCGUGAAGGCGAGGAAGAGUAGGGUGAAGGCCCUGGUGGGGGCCUUUGAGUCCGUCAUCUCCAAGAUCGCCAAGUAGCUAGGAAGCAGCAGCAGGCAUGUCUAGUAACACAUGGUGCAGAGUUUAAUUUUGUCUUGCAUUUUUGUUGAUCUGGAGUGAGUUUGUCCUCCUUGUUGGUUCACUCAGGGCUCAACUGGGGACUCUCUGAGUCUCUGUAGGGAUGUGUUUGAAAGUUUUGUGAUAAAGCAAUCAGACAUCAACCUGUUUGUGACAA